UGCAUGCCGGGAGUGUUUCCGGUUCCGGCGGCGGCGGCGGCAGCGGUGUCCGCGUGAGCCCUUGGGGAACGUUGCGGCGGUUCCCGCGCGCGCCCCCUCGCCCGCCCUACCGGAACCGGAACCGGAACUAGAAGCGGAACCGUGACCGGAACCGGGGCGAGCCGCAGUCGGUAUCCGCCAUGGCGCUUAUCUGCUCCAUUUCCAACGAGGUGCCCGAGCACCCCUGCGUGUCGCCGGUUUCCAACCACGUCUACGAGCGGCGGCUGAUCGAGAAAUACAUCGCAGAGAACGGCACCGACCCUGUCAACAACCAGCCGCUGUCCGAGGAGCAGCUGAUUGACAUCAAAGUCGCCCACCCGAUCCGUCCCAAGCCUCCAUCAGCCACCAGCAUCCCAGCCAUCCUCAAAGCUCUCCAGGACGAGUGGGAUGCCGUCAUGCUGCACAGCUUCACCCUGCGCCAGCAGCUGCAGACCACGCGCCAGGAGCUGUCCCACGCGCUCUACCAGCACGACGCCGCCUGCCGCGUCAUCGCCCGCCUCACCAAGGAGGUCACCGCCGCCAGAGAAGCCUUGGCGACUCUGAAGCCCCAGGCUGGCCUCAUCGUGCCCCAGACGGUGCCAUCGUCCCAGCCCAACGCGGCGGGAGCUGGGGAGUCCAUGGAUAUAGGAGAGCUUGCAGGCAUGACCCCCGAGAUCAUCCAGAAGCUCCAAGACAAGGCCACGGUGCUGACCACGGAGCGUAAGAAGAGAGGGAAGACGGUGCCAGAGGAGCUGGUGAAGCCGGAGGAGCUCAGCAAGUACCGGCAGGUGGCUUCCCAUGUGGGGCUGCACAGUGCCAGCAUUCCUGGGAUCCUGGCCUUGGACCUCUGUCCUUCCGAUACCAACAAGAUCCUCACUGGAGGGGCUGACAAAAACGUCAUCGUCUUUGACAAGAGCUCGGAGCAGAUCCUGGCGACGCUCAAGGGCCACACCAAGAAGGUCACCAGCGUCGUCUUCCACCCAUCUCAGGACUUGGUGUUCUCAGCUUCUCCCGAUGCCACCAUCCGCAUCUGGUCUGUGCCCAACGCCUCAUGCGUGCAGGUCGUCCGUGCCCACGAGGGCUCUGUCACGGGGCUGAGCCUCCAUGCCACAGGGGAUUACCUUCUCAGCUCUUCUGAUGACCAGUACUGGGCUUUCUCUGACAUCCAGACCGGCCGUGUCCUCACCAAGGUGACAGAUGAGAGCUCUGGCUGUGCUCUCACCUGUGCCCAGUUCCACCCGGAUGGGCUCAUUUUUGGAACAGGGACGAUGGAUUCUCAGAUCAAGAUCUGGGAUCUGAAGGAACGCACCAACGUGGCCAACUUCCCAGGCCACUCUGGGCCCAUCACCAGCAUUGCCUUCUCAGAGAAUGGCUACUACCUGGCCACAGCAGCAGAUGACUCCUCUGUCAAGCUCUGGGACUUGAGAAAGCUCAAGAACUUCAAGACACUGCAGCUGGACAAUAACUUUGAGGUGAAGUCUCUCAUCUUUGACCAGAGCGGCACCUACUUGGCUCUGGGUGGGACAGAUGUCCAGAUCUACAUCUGCAAGCAGUGGACUGAGAUCCUACACUUCACUGAGCACAGUGGCCUCACCACAGGGGUGGCUUUUGGCCACCAUGCCAAGUUCAUCGCCUCGACGGGCAUGGACCGGAGCCUGAAGUUCUACAGCCUGUAGCCUCCAAGGUGGGGGUGGUG